GAGGCCUGGAAUUGCAGCCGCAGCUGGGCCUGGCGCUGGGGUCGGGUUGGAGCCGUGCCUGGAGCCGGCCGUGCCCGCUCGGUGCCGGGGGCGGUGCCGGGCCCGGCGGGUGGGCGGGCGGGGGCCUUGGCGAGGGCGGCCCCCCCAGCAGCGACCCUUGAACCUGGGGCCGCGCCGAGCUCAGCCAUGGCGGCACCGGGGCAGAACGUGGCCGUGGUGGUUCACCGAGCCGGGGACCUGCGCCUGGAAAACCGUCCAAUCCCAGAACCAGGUCCUAAUGAGGUCCUCCUGCGCAUGCAUUCCGUUGGGAUCUGUGGCUCUGACGUUCACUACUGGCAGCACGGUCGAAUUGGGGAUUUUGUUGUCAAGGAUCCCAUGGUGUUGGGACAUGAAGCUUCCGGGACUGUCGUAAAAGUGGGCUCUGGGGUGACUCAUCUGAAACCAGGUGACCGUGUGGCCAUCGAGCCAGGUGUCCCAAGGGAAAUGGAUGAAUUCUGCAAAACUGGGCGCUACAACCUGUCCCCGACCAUCUUCUUCUGCGCCACACCCCCCGACGAUGGGAACUUGUGCCGCUACUACAAGCACAGUGCCAGCUACUGCUACAAGCUUCCAGAUAAUGUCACCUUUGAGGAAGGAGCCCUUAUCGAGCCCCUCUCAGUGGGAAUCCAUGCCUGCAAAAGAGCGGGAGUCACUCUGGGAAGCAAAGUCUUCGUAUCUGGCUCUGGACCAAUCGGCCUUGUUAAUGUGAUUGUUGCUAAGAUGAUGGGUGCAGCAGCCGUGGUAGUUACAGACUUAUCUGCCUCUCGCCUGCAAAAAGCCAAGGAGAUGGGGGCAGAUUUCACCAUUCAGGUGAAGAAUGAGACCCCGCAGGAGGUGGCCUCCAAAGUGGAAAGUGUGCUUGGCUGCAUGCCUGAGAUAACCGUGGAGUGCACAGGAGUGCAAGCCUGUAUCCAGGCUGGAAUUUAUGCCACUCGUUCUGGUGGGACUGUGGUUCUGGUGGGGCUGGGGCCUGAGAUGGUGACAGUGCCCAUCGUGAAUGCUGCUGUGCGGGAAGUGGAUGUCCGUGGGAUAUUCCGCUACUGCAACACGUGGCCUGUGGCCAUUGCUCUUCUCGCAUCCAAGAGGAUCAAUGUAAAGCCCUUGGUUACACACCGUUUUCCCCUGGAGAAGGCUCUGGAGGCUUUUGAGACCACCAAGAGGGGUGAAGGGGUCAAAGUCAUGCUGAAGUGUGACCCCACUGAUCAGAGUCCCUGAGCUGUCCUAGUGCCUGGCCCUCAUCCUUGCUAUCUGUAACUAGAAAAUCACAUGUAAUGAGGGUGAAUGGCACUGGGAUUCACCAUUAGAUCAUUAACAAGUAACUACAAAUGGACAGCCAAUAGUUUGAAUCAAAAUGCUGAAUUCGAGAUGAUGGUUUGCAGAAUUGGUGGCUCUUCUUCACAGUUCACAUGUGCAGGAGAGCCUGGCCAGGGAGGGUGUCACUGGCAUGUGGCACAGCAAGGGUGGAGGUGCUGGCACUCCCCCUUCCCGCCCCGCACUGCCCUGGCUGCAGCAUUUCCUGCAUGGCAAUCCCUGGAUGCAAGACAGCCCUAUGUGAAUAUCUCCCCUUCCCUUGUGAGUGCUCAGGGACUCUACAGCCUGUGGAACAAAGCCUGGCCCUCUCCACUCCAUGGGAAGCACUGGCACAUUCAGGUCAUUCUCUCCACGCUCUUCUCAAAGCUCAGAACUGGGUUUUUGUGACACUUGGAGGCCAGCUGGGACCACGUCUGCUGUGUCAUCCCCAGCAGCUCCUUGUGGGACCACUGCAGGCAGGGAAACUGGGGUCCUGUAUUUAUGUGCCUCCCAUGAAAGGGCUGUUGGGGGGCACUGCUGCUUUUGACAUGGAGGGGAGAACAGGUGAGACAUGAGGGGAUAGCAUCACUCAGAGGUUUUACCACUGCGAACAAAUCGUAAUUAUUUGGGAAUAUCAAGCCUUCCUGCUGAGUUUGUGAGCCACAGACAAGGUACUAAUGAAGCAGAAAAAAUCUAAUCUUUGAUUACAGUCGUGUUAAUUUUAGUACUGAGAGAUCAGCUCCUUCCUUGGGCUGGUACUGAACUUUCCUCAAUAAAUUCUGGCUGCCUGA